AGUUAUCCUCUAUGCAGCAGAACACUUUCUUCUCCUAGAACUCAACUCCACUCUCGUGAAGAACAAACCCUCAUAUCUGGGAACUGUCGCAGACUCGUUAACUGCGAAACUGUAGAGAUUGUAAACUUUUUUGGGCAUUUAUUAUUUUCAUAUUUUGCAGUGAAAAAGUGAGUAAGAAUUCUUCCAGGGAGAUAAGAUGAAUUCUUUGACACUAAAGCCCUCUUCCUUCGUCUUGCAAUCUUCUUCUACAGUCCUCCGGCCGUCAUCUGGGCGAAAUCUGUGUGUUCCGUCAGUUAGCUUCCCGGGGAGAAAGCUUGGGAGUAAGGGAAAAUUGGGUUUGAGAGUUACAGCUUACGAUUCCUCCAAAAACGGUGACCCUUCUAAUUCCAAUGGCGAUUCCAAGCUUCCAAACGGCUCUCUGCCCAAGAGCAGGAGGGACAUUCUAUUGGAGUAUGUCAAAAAUGUGCAGCCAGAGUUUAUGGAAUUGUUCGUGAAAAGGGCACCCCAACAGGUUGUUGAUGCAAUGCGCCAAACAGUGACAAACAUGAUUGGAACAUUGCCCCCUCAAUUUUUUGCUGUGACGGUCACUACUGUGGCUGAAAAUCUCGCACAAUUAAUGUACAGCGUUAUGAUGACUGGGUAUAUGUUUAAGAAUGCACAAUAUAGACUAGAAUUGCAGCAGAGUUUAGAGCAGGCUGCUCUUCCAGAUGCACAAGAGAAAGACAAAGAGGACCCACCUGACUAUGCACCUGGGACACAAAAGAAUGUAUCUGGUGAAGUUAUCAGAUGGAAUAAUGUUUCUGGCCCUGAGAGAAUAGAUGCUAAGAAGUACAUAGAGUUACUAGAAGCUGAGAUUGAGGAACUGAAUUGUCAAGUUGGUAGAAAAACAGCAAAUGGGCAAAAUGAGAUAUUGGAAUAUCUCAAGUCUCUUGAGCCACAAAAUCUGAAGGAAUUGACUAGUAGUGCUGGAGAGGAUGCUGUGCUCGCAAUGAAUACAUUCAUUAAGCGUCUUCUGGCCGUUUCAGAUCCUGGCCAAAUGAAGACAAGUGUAACAGAGACUAGUGCCCCGGAACUUGCGAAGCUGCUUUAUUGGCUCAUGGUGGUCGGGUACGGUAUCCGUAAUAUCGAAGUCCGUUUUGACAUGGAAAGAGUACUUGGCACUCCUCCAAAGCUUGCAGAGUUGCCUCCGGGAGAAAACAUCUAGACACUUUGCAGAACCUAGAAAUGGGUAGCCAGGUUGGAGCAUGAUCUGAAUGCUGCCUUAUGCAUAAAGUUAGGAAAGGGCUAGUACUUUACUUUCUCAAUUGUUCAAAGAAUCAAAAGGUAGAAAUAUUUUCUCAAUGCUCUAAAUGGUUGGCAUUUUAGACUUAAGCAUUUCAUUUCAUUUGUAUACUGCUUGCGUUUUAUGAAGAACGAGCAGAAGCUUUUGAUCAAUACAACGUUUCUAAGACUGGGCAAAAUAUUGACGAUCAUAAAAUAGGGCAUGCAAU